AUGUCAAAACUAAAGAGUCUCAAACAGAAAUUCAUCCCAACUAAAUCCACUGAAAAACAUCAUCUGGUAUUAAAUCAUAGUCAUUCAUCAAGAGCGCCACGUGAGAGAGAUGGACUUGAUGAAAACCAUGUAAAUCUUCUAACAAAUUGGUUAGAAGAACUAAACCGACAACGAUUAAUUACAAUGACUGAUCAAAAUGAUAUUGUGAUCAUGCCUGGUGGUAAACACGAUCAAGCUCAACAAAUAUUCAUCAAUAACAACGAUAUCGAUUCUUACAUGAGAACACGAGGAAAUCAAGAUCUGAAUCCGAAUGAAGCCGAUAUGAUCGACAUGCUAGACAUUGCUCGAAUAUUACUUCGAUUUGAAUACGUUCAAGAAUCGUCCGGACAGCUGUCAUUCAUGGCUCACACCAUCGCAUUGGAUAGCAACGAAUUGCAAUGGUUAAUGUCAAUAAUACGUGAUGUUCGACCGAAUUCUGAAACAUUUGAAACCGAUAUCAAACUAUACGAUGGCGAAAGUACUCAAACAUUAUCUGUUCCAUAUGAGCACAUGACACCGACAGACGAUGUACGAACUGUAGCGAUAUAUCUUUUCCAAAAUGGUCAUAUCCGAUACGAUACUGAAACGGGUUCUUAUGCUUAUCGAUAUAUCGAACCGGAUGUUCUUCUUGAUGAAAAAUCCAAAUCGCCCGAGCGUAUAAGACAACACCAUCUGCUCUCUUAUCACAUUCGACAGGUUUAUGUAGACAAACAAAAUAAACGCAUGGAAGUAGAAUUUAUCCAUGAACCUGAGCGUUAUCUUGUUUUACCAAUGCAUUGGUACUACCGAGCAGAAGAACAUGAUUUCGAUCGUAAUUAUAUUAUUGACAUUUUACUGGCUAAUGGUGGACGAGUCGAACACGAUAAGUUCAUUUUCAACAACGAAACAUACUCGUUACGAGAAGCUCGAAAUAUCAGGACAACGUCCGCAAGGACACAGUCAACAAUGAUGAAAAUAUUAAACUUAACGCCAAGACAAAAGCAUGAUCUUAUUCGAUGUUAUGUUGAUUUAGUGAUUGAAAAUGAUGGUACAAAACAAGAUGAAUCGAAUGAGUUGGUCGUCUUAGAGAAUCCGACUGAUGGUCAUCAUUUAUAUUUCACGCCGGAGCAUAGUCAGCUCAUUCGACAAAAUCGAUUUCAACGACAAGAUGUCAUUCAUAUUCUGGUGAAAAACUCACAAAUUCGACUAGAUGAGUCAGGCAGUUGGCUUUUAUACUAUAAUAAGCAGCACAUUAAACUACCAUCGUCAAUUAUUCCAUCAUCAUCGACAGCCACUGCGUCCGAACCAACUGUUAGUUUGCAGGAUAUUUCGGAUGCCAUGGCAACAGUUCAUGAUGUUCAAUCGGACAAUUUUGAACAGUAUCAUCGUAUUAUUGAUUAUAUGUGUCGACACGGAUUCAUAACAUGGGAUAAGAAAGCUAAAUUGAUUCGACUCUACUUUACUGAUCAAAUUCUACUUUUACCAAUGGAUCAUCUCCGAUCCAUUCUAGAUCCGAGAAUUGUGUCAUCCGCUGUUGCGCAUGAUAACGUUCUUCCUUUUCGAAGUCGACAACUAUCGCACUGGUUAUUGAAUAAUUCUUGUAUGAAACUCGGCAGCUUUCGACAAUAA